UCAUGUAUUCAUCUGUCUGUAGAGUGUUUUGUGGAAAUGGGUGAUAUUAGUUACCCAUUGGCACUGUUUAAUUUUUUAUAAAUCCAAAACAUGCACUUAAAUAAUAAGCUAAACUCUUCCUUCAGUCGAGAUAUUGGUUGUAUUGUUUAUUCUCUCUUAUUAGAUGAUACAGAUAGACUUUGUUGGUGAACUUGACUUACAUGCAUCUUGUUUCUGGUACAAUAUUAUUGUUUUUUGGAUUAUUAUUUUAUGAAGGGCACAAUUAGCCGGCUGCUAAACUCUUCCAAACUGGUUGCUGUGUGCACAUAAACAGACAUGCACACAGAAAAGUGUGCAUGUGCCUUUGUGCCUGACAGGGAAGGACAUUUCCAUGCACUUUCUGCUCCAUAGACAAAGCCAAAACCCUUCCAUGGAAAGCCCAUUAUCUUGUCCUUCCAGCUUUGCAGUCUGGCCUAAAAGAGCAAUGAAAAGAUAGAAUAAUUAACAGCGUUACACUGGUGGUGAAAUCCAGACACAAAAUGUGAGCGUGUAUGAACUCAUGUGUUUUAGAUUGACUAGGGUGUGAGGACAAAGCAUUUGAUCCAUCAGGUAUACAGAUGUUAUAGUGACACUGGAAGCAGCCAUUUAAAAAGUUUUUACAUUCACUCCGCCUGAUAUCUCUGGAGUCACAUACCUGACUGUAUAUACUGCACUGCUGAGAGCUGCUCGGGAUCCGAUGACAUCACUCCCACCUGCACAGCUCUGGGACGCAGACAGUUUGGGCCAAGCCAAUUUGACCUGGCAGAUAUGUGUUUAAUCUGGCUUGAGAGUACACACUCACACACACACACACACACACACACACACACACCUUUGGUGGGAGUUAAACCUGAAGAGUUUGCGUGUGUGCUGCUGACACAAUGCCGAGUCAGCAGCACUCUGUCACAGGGAGGCUGCGACUGCAGAACAGAGUGAGAUGCAGAAAUUAAAGAGAGGGUCGAGAGAAGAGAAGGAAGAAAAGGGACGGACCGGCUGAAACAGAGGAACAGAGCCGAGGGGACAUGGAAACAAGAAAAGGGAAAGAAUGAGAAGUAGUUGGAAUCAGGGAGGACAAAAGUAAUGGAGAGGCGGAGGGAGGCAGGGUGAUAGGAAUGAGGAGAGACAGAGGGCUAGAACAAGAGCGAUGGAUGGGGGGGGCAGUGCAAGUGAGGGAUAGGGGAAAAGAGCAAGAGUUUGUCCUGCACUGCAGAGCUGUCUGAUUUAGUGUGCUAUCAGCAAGAGCUCAGUGGAGCGAGAGCAGAGAUUACUGGAGCGCUAUUCUCACACACACACACACACACACACCCAGAGGAACACACACAGAGUUUCUUUACAACCCAAGAACUUUUUGUCUCCGCUGGUCUCUUUAUGGAUCAGGCAUAAUUAGCUCUAGUGUUCUGCUGCCAGCAGCUGCCCUCUACAUCAAACUGCCUAGUCAGCUCCCUUUUCUUGGAAAACAUCAGAGGUGAGUGCGGUAUGCAGUCAUGGGGGGGGGGGGGGGGGGCACCAGGACAUUCAUGACAAGCGACACAAGUUUUUGGCAUUUCAGGGUAUUUUUGUGGGGAGAGAUGCAACCAAAAGCUGCCAAAAUAGAAACGGCACACACACACACACACACAUGCAUGCAUGCUCCUCUUUCAACUAUAGCAAAUGACAGGGAGUGAGAGACGGAGGCCUUGCAGCCAUAAACAACCAUCAUUCUGUCUCUCUCUCUCGUCGUUUGCCUCGCUCCCUCUGUCUGUCUUCAAUUUAUCAGGCCCCCUUGUGUCUGCGUUGGCUGUGCCGCAUACGAAGCUCAUAGAAACGGCACUUUCCCCCCUGAGACGGUCGGUUGGGACUGUUGUGAUGGGGGGCCUUGCCCCUACUGAGGAAUCUGUCAAUCCAGCCAGAGCUCCCAGUCUCUCUUGUUGUUGCACGAUCCUCCUCCAGCUGGCUUUCGUCUGUGUUCGUGCUUUAAAAAAAAAAAAUCCUUAUUGCUUCUGAUGAAAGCUAGAUGGAGUUUGAUUUGUAGUACGCAUUCUAUACAGCAACACCCCCACCCCAACCACUAUAUAUGCAUAAAUACACGACACACAUAUAGAUGAGCAUCAGGCCGUAAUGGGGCAUAAAAUAACGAAGCAUAUGACCAACAUGCCUGAUAAGUGACAGUCUAGACAUCUAUGAGCUCUGUAUGUCUGCUUUACUGACACUUUUGUUUUGGAAAAUCACCAUAUAAUACACAGAAAUAAUGAUAGAUAGCUAUAUAUAUUUUUUUUUUGAAUAUAGCUGUAAAGGAAAGUCCAAUGUGUAACAGUUAUAUAAAUCUGUACAGUAGAUUCGGGUUGAGUCCUGAUAGUGGCUGUUGUUUAUAAGUGUUCUUGUGAUUUGAAUUGUCAUCUCUCCAUGUUGUGACGUUGGUCAGGGCAGGCAGGCAGGCAGGCAGGAGGGAGGGGACUGGCCUCCUUAAUCCCGGCUCGUGGUGUCUCCUGCCUGGGAUUACGUCUCAGGGAUGGAGAGGUUGGGAUUACGGGCUGGCAGACGGAGUCAGACGUCAGAUUAGUCUUUAAUUAAAGCUUUCGGGGCACUAUGCUUCUGUGGCACCCUGGGUUUGGUCCUCUCCUGUCUUCAACCUUGUCCAGCAAUAAGACAUGUGCCUCUCACUGUGUAUGCACACCUACUAGUUGCAGUUUAAACCUCAAUGUUGUAGCACAAGCAAUAGAUGACCAAUUAGUGGUUUAUAGGUUAAGCACAUUUUAAAGUGUUUAUAAAUGUAUUCAUCAUAAAACCCCACUGGAAUGGUUUGUAAAUGCUUUUUAACAGGUAAUAAUCUUUAUGAAUACAGCAGUGUUAUACUGUGUUGUCAAGUUAAUAAGCAAGUUAUGAAUGCUUCAUAGGAGUUAUAAUUGUUGACAAAUGCAUUGUAAACUCCUUAAAAUGUCCUUAUGUUUCUUACAACUAUAUUAGUGUGUUUGAAACCAUGAACCAUUGUUUGUAUUCUGCUUAUGAAUGCUAAAAGAUUGAAAAGGAAGUGUUACCUUAAAGGGUAAUCACAUGUAGUUUAGAUUAGGGCUACUAGAAUUGUUUUUAAUAUUGAAUAAUCUGUUUUUUGCGAUUAAUUGAUCAAUUCUGAAGCUAUAAGAUGGCAAACAUUUGUGAAAAAUAUGUGUAACAAUUUUGUGUUUCAAUUAGGAAUCCUCCUCUCGUUUAAUCCGUCUGACCAAAGAUUUGCAUUUUGCAUUGAUAUGAAACAGGAGAAACCAACACAUCCUCAUAUUUGAGUAUCUUGAAUCAGUGAGUCUUUGGCAUUUUGCUUGAUGAACGAUUUAAACGAUUAAUAGCGAAACAGUUGUCAAAUGAUUUUCUGUCGUUCUACUAAUCAACCAGUCAACUAAUUAUCAAGUUAAGAGCCAGUGUUAAAUGGCUCUUAACCUUCUUGUGCCGACAUGACACUGCUGCCGCGCUGCCAGACGUGCGAUGAAUAUAGUUUUAACUAGAUGUCAGCCGACACAUUCCUUCAGACCUCACAUGUCUUAAGUUGAAAACAAAACAGAAUCUGGAUACAAGGCUGCAUUGAAUGUUGAAGAAAGCUACUGAGCACAUGUUCAUCAAACUAUACUGCAUCAUACUUCUGUUACGCUGCCUCUUUCUUCAGUGUCAACUACAGAGAAAGAGUCUUCGCCCGGUCGCACUUAACAAUAUUUCAGCUUGAUUAAAAAAAAAAAAAAAGGAUGACAAGAUGGGGGAUGCAGAUAAGGGUUUUUGUUUUCGCAGAAAGACCUGCGUGGUCUCCUCACCAUGCACCAUCGCUGCUCAGCCGUAUGUGUGGCAGUGCAGCGGGGAUUUUCAACCAGGCUAUAUUUAGGUCGCCCUUGGUGAAUAGUGAUAGGGGGACUGCAGAGGAAGAGGUGGUUAGGGCAGAAAGGACAGGACAAAGGCGUUCUUCAGCACAUGUUUGACGAGAGCGAUUUGGUGAUCAUUGAUCUUUAUGAAGACGCCUAACGUCGUUCUCUGUUCUGCGGUGAAAAAAAUGGUGACAUCAGAGCAUAACCUUCUUCUGCCAUUGCUCGCAAUUAUGUCAUGUGCUUGAGAGUGAGACUGGGGAGCACAGCCUGUUCCUCCAAACUCUUCAAUCUUAGAAGUAGGUCAGAAUAACUCUUUCUCUCUUUUUUUUUUUUUCUUUCACAGUGCAUAUUAAUAACCGACGGACUGCGCAUCACCUCAAUCCACACAUACAAGCGUCCAUACACGCUCACUUGAGGUGAUGCGUGUCCCUCUCGCUGACGAGGUGUGUUUCUGUCGUGGGGUUGAACAGGAAGGCUGACUCACCUCCCCUCAACCACUGCCGUAGGGUUUCACACUAAGGAGACAGAGAAGGGGGAAAAGAGAGGAGGUAGUGUUGGUAACUAUACCUCUGCAGUGGUCUGUGAUGUUUCUGCUCUAUUGUGUGGAGAUCCCAUCCUCUUCUCUACUCCAAAAUGAACUGUGUACAGUCAACCGCUGAGGGAACGGAAAGGAGAAAAGGCUCCUGUUGCAUGAAAGAGAGGAGAGAAGGGGAAUAGAGAAGCCAGGACUGUGAGGGGGUCUCUGUCUCUUUAAGCUGGCUGUUUGUUACUGCAGAGUGUGUGGGUGCUGCAGUAGAGACAGAGAGAGGGAGAGAGGACGAGAGAGAGGACGAGGGAGCAUUGAUAACAGAGACACGUUAGAGACGAACAAGUGGGACAGCAGAGAUUCAGGACUCAUGUCCGCAUGCUGAGGUACGAGGGAGACCGAGCAGGUGAGGAGAUAAGUGUGAGGCAAGCAGAGAGGUGAGAGCAUUAGGGAGUGUGUGAGGAGUACAGGUGGAGGGGUGGCAGAGCGAGUGGAGAGGGGGCUGUUUAUUCGGAGCGUGGCACCGGUGGCAGAGUGGCUGCGCUGGGAUGGCAGAGGGGGGAACUGGGGGGGCUGGCGCUGGGGCAGUCCUCAGCGGGACAGGGCCAGCGGGGGGCAGGACAGGAGGACCAGCGAGAGCUACGUGCACAAGACGGUGCCUGCCGGCUGGUGCAACCAUGCUCCAUCCAUGGCACAGAUAGCACCGCUCGUCCCGGGGCAGGAGGACGCGGAGGGGGAGUCGGGGGAGGGGCUCGGAGGGUCAGGGGGAGUUGAAGGCGUCGGGGCGGGCAGAGCGUUACUCAGCCAGGUGUCACUGCGUCUGGAUGAGGUCAGGGGGGAUUCGGAAGGGGAGGCCGGCAACGCCUGCUUCGGACAGGUGUCGCGGCGCCUGGGGAGGCUGCUGAAGAGGUUGCCCAAGUCCCGCUCCUGGAGUGACAGCCUGCGGAUCCUCCGACGGUCAUCCUCUAACGGUUCUCUGCUCACCACCUCAGACUGUAGUUACACCUGUCACCUGGAGUGUGAGAGCCAGGUCCAGCUGGACUGCAACCGGAAGGACAGACAGCCUAAAGAAACUCCAUCUCCCAGAAGACGCUGCUCCUCUGCAGCCCCUCAGCACAGGCCGAAGGAAGCAAAGGAGGAAGAUGAGAGAAGAACAAAGGACCUGUCGGAGGACGAGGUGUGGACAAGGAUAGAGGAGUAUAACGCCCAAGUCUCUGAAAAUGGCAUGAAACUGGCUUCAGACGGAUUCUACACAGGCUUCAUCAAGGUCCACCUGAGGCUCAGUCGACCAGUCACAGUCCCCGAUGUGGAGGCGGCGAACUCGGAGGGAGAGUCCAGGCAGACGGCUGGCCGCACUCAGGCACCGUCAGAGGGCCAGGAAGGGACGGACUGUGGGCAGAGCGAAAAGAGGACAUCCUUCUACCUACCAUGUGACUGUGUGAAGCAGCUCCACAUCAGCUCUCUGAACACCACCAGAGAGGUCAUCCAGGGCUUGCUGAAGAAGUUCAUGGUGUUGGACAACCCCCGCAAGUUCGCUCUGUACAGGCAGACGCACCGCGACGGACAGGAUCUGUUCCAGAAGCUUCCUCUGUAUGAGCAUCCUCUUCUUCUGAGGUUAAUAGCCGGGCCUGACCCAGAUCAGCUCAGCUUUGUCCUGAAGGAAAACGAGACUGGAGAGGUGGAGUGGCAUGCGUUCUCUGUUCCUGAGUUACAAAACUUCCUGGUAAUCCUGGGGAAGGAGGAGGCGGAGCGUGUCCGGACAGUGGCGCAAAAAUACGCUGCGUACCGACAGAAACUACAACAGGCCCUUCAACAACAUGACCCCUGACCCCUUCACCUGUUAAACCUUACGACUUUAACCCAGGGAGAGACUGACUCUUUGAACGCCGACCCCCUCAAGACCCGUAAUCUAUUCAGAGACUGGAGCCAGAGCUGAUCUCGUCUUUCACCCUCCACACACAUAUACGUCCAAACAUACAGUAUAUCCACACACAGAUGCAUUCCCUUUCUCAGGACGCAUACAAGCCCCCCCCCCCCACACCCACCCAACCACCACCCACACAUCCACUCCCCGAGGAGAGAAUAAGGGGUUGAAAGCGACAUGAAAGGCUACAGGGUGUGUGGUCAGAUAGCUGACACACACAGAAAGAUCACAGCAACACAAGAUCUGAAACUACAACUUGAGAUCUCAUUCGGGACUGAUAUGAAUCGGUAGUGUUUUUAAAGAUUCCCUCUUCUUCUGCUACUUCUGCUGCUGCUGCUACUGCAAGUGUUACUUAUGCAUGAGUGUAUUUCAGCUCAGCCCCCUGCACAUAGAGCUAGAAGUAAAAACGGAAGGCAUGAUUUCUUUUGGAUGGAAGGACAAUCAUACUGAGGGGUCUUUUUAAUUAUUUUGUCUUGGAAUUGAUGUGUAGGGUUAUCAGCUGCUGUGUUAUAUCUGUGCUGGAAUAUAAGACGUGUGGAUUUGAGAGGGAGGUGUUUGGGGUCGGGGCUGGAGGCAGAAGGCUGCGUUUUGCUUUGGAUGAAAGAAUAGAAAGAUAAGAAAGCGAGAUCUAUUCUCUGAUUUUUCUCAGGGAGCAUGCGUUGAGCAGAGAGAAAACCUAAAGGAGGCAACAAACUGAACACCCUGUUUCAGCCAACUUUGUCCCAAAUCCCCGCCUUUUUUUAUUUGUUGCUAUCAUUGUAUUUUCCUACUGUAGCGCCAUGUGAAAAGACACCAUCGGGUGCUUCGCUGACGGAGAGGUCUUCGAUCAGACCCAGUUACCAAUCCCCACACGCAAACCCAAACUCUUCUCAGAUGAUAACUGUGAUUUCCUUUUACCUCCCUAAAUCCCCAUCCAGCCAACUUUGCAUGGACAGCUGAGCGAGGCAAUCCGCAUAUCUUUUCAGAUUUUACACUUUAUUUUAAGUGAUUUUACACUGUUAUUAGAUGGGUUGCAUUUGAAUGUGAGGAUUUGUUUUUUACACCAAAAGUUUAGAGGGACAGAUAUAUUGAGAGGAUUUUAAAGGGAUAAGAGACACUUAGAAGUUUAUCUAACUAAAAGUGGUGUAUGUAAAAAAAAAAAAA